UCUAACAUCGAACGCUCCCUUUUGUCUAUGCUCCUGCUUUGGAUAUAAGACACAUUAUUACCGUUGUUAUUAUGGAAUUUUCUGUUCAUUCAUAGAUUUAUAACACAAUCUUGUUUCUCAUAAAGCCUCUCCGCAGUCUAAAUCAAACCUCCGAUACGCAGGUACAGGCUCUACUCAUCAGUGGUGGAUCUAUAAGCGACAUCAAAUAAACCUACAUAAUAAGCACAUAAGGUUUCGGAGCCUUCGAGAUGUUAUUCAUUUCAUGGUAACAUUCCCUGAUAAACUUCAUCAACCAAUCAUUAUUGCUCGAAACUUGUUUCUCGACAUCAUCAUCAACAUCACGUUCGCCUCAGCUUUGACUUACCCCUCUCAGCUCUCGCAUCGGAAACUAGAUCCGUAGGCCUAGACUGAACUUGUACAUAUCAACUCAUUCACGAUGAACGUACGGCCACCGAUCGAGGCUUCUAGCACUGAGGCUGUACUGUCUGUCUCUUUCAAUAACGAUGCAAGUUGCUUUUCUGUAGGCCUUGGCUCAGGUAUCUGUAUCUUCCACACAAAGUCAUGCCUUCUCAAGGCUUCAAGAGAUUUCAACGCUGGCAUCGGCCUCGUUCAAAUGAUGGGUACAACCAACUACCUUGCUCUUGUUGGUGGCGGCAGGUCGCCCAAGUUUGCCAUGAACAAGGCUAUAAUAUGGGACGACAUGAAGGGCAAAGUUGCCUUGGAAAUCACAGCAUUGACAGCAAUUCGUGGCGUCCAACUGGGUAGGGAGCGCAUCGCUGUUGUCCUGCAAAAUAGCGUGCGCGUCUACUCGUUCGCCAAACCUCCGGAUUUACUUCAUGUUUACGAAACUGCAGAUAAUCUCCUCGGUCUUUGCUGUCUUUCUGAGAAGAAGCUUGCCUUCCCCGGCCGAACUGCUGGACAGAUACAACUGAUCGAGUUGGCGACCGGGAAUGUCAGCAUCAUUCCGGCCCACUCUUCAGCCCUCAAGGCCAUUGCAUUGAGCCCAGAUGGCGAACUUCUGGCCAGUGCAAGCGAAACAGGUACACUAAUCCGUGUUUACGCUACAAGCAACUGUGCCAGGCUUGCUGAACUUCGGCGUGGCAUUGAUCCUGCGACUAUCUUUUCUCUCGCCUUCUCACCUUGCGGAACGAUGCUUGCCUGUACCUCUGACAAGUCCACCCUUCACAUCUUCGACGUACCACAUCCGCGAAAGCCAGGAAUGAGCCGAAGUCAACAGCUCGGCGCUUCUGGAUCAGACCCCGGUGACGGGACGGGGAAGUGGGGUAUCCUCAGCAAGAUUCCACUGAUGCCUCGAGUCUUUUCCGACGUCUACUCUUUCAGCUCAGCGCCUUUUGAGGCUGGUGAUGAAGCUGCUAUAGGGGGCAUUUCUUUCUCAGAGAGCACUGUUCUAGGAACAUCACGGCCUCCAAAGGGCGUCAUUGGCUGGAUCGGCGAUGAUAGUCUUGUUGUUAUAGGAGCUGGGCAUGAUGCACGAUGGGAGAAGUUCAUUAUUGUUGACGGCGAAGAUGGAAAGCGACACUGCGUAAGGGAAGGCUGGAAGCGUUAUUUGGGCAACACAUGAGCCAAGUGAGGCCCUGCUACAAGGCAAGCUAAUGAUCACAAGGGAUACGACUCUUAAUGCUGGGCAAACUUGGGAUGGGCGUUUGAGGGGUUCAGGAUAAGUAGAGCUACUUUGAACCGAG